UUUCUUGCUGAGCCGGCGCCAGAAACUUCUGCAGGAAGCCAGCAGCUCCUAGAGCAUCCCCAAUGCUGUUUCGCAGCCCUCCAGAGGGAUGUCCCAAACGCACUUGUUCAGUAUCCUGCUGGCGUUGGUGUUGUGCCUCCAGGGACCCUCAGCCCAGACCAUGGACUUCCUCUUUGAGAACUGGAAGGCCUACAGCAAAGAGUGUUUUCACAACAUGAGUCUCCUGCCGCCGCCUACUGAGCUGGUCUGCAACCGAACCUUUGACAAGUACUCAUGCUGGCCCGAUGCCCAGCCCAACACCACCGUCAAUGUUUCCUGCCCCUGGUUCCUGCCCUGGUAUGAUAAAGUGAAACAUGGCUAUGUAUUCAAGAAGUGUGGUCCAGAUGCCCGAUGGGUGACAAGUCCCGAAGGGAAAUCAUUGCGGGACGUCCGUCAGUGCAUGAUGGACAAUGAGACCAUCCUAGAACAAAACAAGUUUGCUAGGAUCUACGGCAGCUUCAAGGUGAUGUACACGGUGGGAUACUCGGUGUCACUCUGCGGCCUGAUCCUCGCCUUGGCUGUGCUACUAGGCUUUAGCAAGCUGCACUGCAUGCGCAACUACAUCCACAUGAACCUCUUCGCCUCCUUCAUCCUGAAGGGCAUCUCGGUGCUUAUCAUCGACACGCUGCUCAAGACCCGCUACAACGAGAAGAUUGAUGACUACAGCGUGCGGGUCUGGCUGAGUGAUGAGGCAGCAGCAGGAUGCCGUGCAGCCACUGUGUUCAUGCAGUACGGCAUUGUGGCCAACUACUGCUGGCUGUUGGUGGAGGGGAUCUACCUCCAUAACUUGCUGGUGCUGGCUGUCUUCUCUGAACGGAGCUACUUCACCCUCUACCUCUGCAUUGGCUGGGGCGCCCCCAUUCUCUUCAUUGUGCCAUGGAUGGUGGUGAAAUUUCUUUAUGAAAAUAUUCAAUGCUGGAGCACCAACCACAAUAUGGGUUUCUGGUGGAUCCUACGUUUCCCCGUGUUCCUUGCCAUCUUGAUCAAUUUCUUCAUUUUCAUCCGUAUCAUUCAGAUCUUGGUCUCCAAGCUCCGUGCUCACCAGAUGCGCUACACAGACUACAAAUUCCGGCUGGCCAAGUCAACACUGACACUUAUCCCAUUGCUGGGUAUCCAUGAGGUGGUGUUUGCCUUUGUAACUGAUGAACAUGCCCAGGGCACUCUGCGCUAUGUCAAGCUUUUCUUUGACCUCUUCCUCAGCUCCUUCCAGGGAAUGCUGGUGGCCAUUCUCUACUGCUUUGUGAACAAAGAGGUACAGUCAGAGCUGAUGAAGAAAUGGAGCCGCUGGAAGCUUGGCCGGGACAUAGAAGAGGAGUACAAGCACACAUACAGCCACACACCAAAUGCUCGCAACGGAGGGGGCAGCACUUGUGAGAAGCACAAGCUGGUGGGCAGCUACCUCAACGGGCUAGGCCGCAGCCAAGGAACAGUGCACACCAGCACCCAGUACCUCGAGCGGACAGGCUGCAGUGCCAGUGAGAACCUAGCCCUAGGCGAGCGGCCUCAUUGCUAUGAGUUUCCUGACACGGCUGAGAGCAACUUCUGAAGCAGCUGAGCCACCUGCCCCACUCCUUGCCCCAGAGGCAAACAUAGUGUGGAGGAAGGAGGGCAGCUGACAGCCCAGGGCAUGGGCUUGGAUACACUCAGUGGGACAUGUGAUUGGAAACUGUGCCCUUUGCCAAGCUGCCUGGAGCUGGCAGGACUCCGCAAGUUCUUUUCC